AAUAUGUUGUUCUACCUAUAGGGAAUGCAAGGAGAUCCUGGCGAACCAGGAAUAUCUGUUGAUGGUACAGUUGGGCCACCAGGACCACCUGGACUGGCAGGAGAUGCUGGUUUGCCUGGGGAGAAGGUAACUAAAGAAAGUUUUACCAAUCGUUCAACUGAUAUUCGGUGAUUCGCUGUGCCUUGAAGAAAAGGGAACCUAAAGGCCUGACUCCACAACGGCGAAAUUCUUCGCGCGAAGUUGUGUCUGCGAAAUAUGGAUGGUUGCACAUGAUGGUUACACAUUCCUACUUUUUCGCAUUCCCAGUGAGUAGAACUGACUUCUACUACUUCAGUGAGUAGAACUGACUUCUACUACUUCAGUGAGUAGAACUGAUUUCUAUACUCACUGGGGAAGCGAAAGCCUAAUUUAUCUUUACUGCGCAUGCACGAAUUCGCUGAGGUAAAGUGCUCGUGGAAUCAGACCUUAAUAAAGACUACUGUCAGUGCUAUUAUGCAUGCUGAAUUCCGUCUUUUUGAACACACUAUAUUGUUAACACGCAUGCUCUUUAACUCAUUAGCGGUUUGGAGAAAGCGACAUGUCUUUGCACAAAAAGAAUUAUUUCUUUUGUUUAUUAAAAGUUUAUUAAAACAUAAUGGUGUCUUUCGCGUCAUCAUAUUUCAACGUGACGAUUCUUGAAGAAAUUUAUUUUAAGGCGGUAUUUAGUCAUAAAAAAUGGACGUUAUGUACUGUUAAUAAAUCUGUAAAUACUCACGAGAAUAUUUUCCUUCAAUUUGUAAAGGGAGAAAAGGGCGCACCAGGUCCAACGGGACCGAAAGGAAUUGGAAUUCGGGUUUGUUUUAUUUUCUCUUUAAAUACUGUAGUGUACUGCACUAUACUGUAUUGUGCUGUGUCAUACUUGUACUGUAUUGCUGUAUUGCACUUUGUCAUACUAGUGUGCUGUGUAAAUUGUAAAAUGUGAUAGUGUAUGUAUGUGCAUUUGAUUCUGUAGGGUGAAAAUGGAACGGUUGGUGUAGCUGGUACAGAACCUGGUAAACCUGGAAACAAAGUGAGUUUAAAGAAACUUCCUCUGAACUAUGAGGACCAGGGUGUUAGCCAGGCGGCCGUCCGACCGUCCUAUGGACGGCCACUUCUGAAUUUGGGAAUAUUUUCUUUAAAUAGCAACCUACAAGCUUUGUAAUAUUUCUUGAGUACUUCGCGCCAUAUUUUUGUAAAACGCGCCAUGUUUUUGUAACCAUUUUGAUGAUUCUCGCAUGAAGUAUCAAGGAGAAUAAUGUGAAACCGUUAGUGUUUUAGAAACAGCGAUCGCUUUAUCGCUCGAGCGCCACGUUACAGUUACGGUAGUGAUCAUACCAUACGUGUGCUUUUAUUAAUUUAAUGACGAAAAUGUGCAUCUGAAACUAAAAGUUGAAAGGUUCAACCUCUAGGUCUAUUAACUGUGGUUCAACGAAUAAAACACCACAAUUCCUCAACAACAGAAAAUUGUGGCCACACCCAAAAACAUGUAACCACGCCCACAAAAAUAUGUUGCCACGCCCACAAAAUUAUUUUGGACGGCCACUUUUGAAAUCCUGGCUAACACCCUGAUGAGGACAUUGACAGUGGUUGCAUGCCUCACCCCUCACCCUUCUAACCCCUCCUACCCGGAGGCACCUAACCCAUCUAACCCCUCACCCUGAUGAUGGGGUGGAACGAAAAACUUCCCACCACGGCGCGACCUACCUCCCUUCCAAGGCGAUUACUUAAAUAGAUUAAAGUGGUAUCUUGUUCAUAUACCAUGUCAGGUUUUACGUACUUUUUAUUAAUUUUACCACAGGGUGUAAAGGGUGAUAUCGGAAGAGCUGGAGUCAAUGCUGUGCAAGGAGAAAAGGUACGAAGACAAUAAGUAAUCUGUAAUUUGGAUUGAACUGGACUACUGGAGCAUAUUUAUAUUUCUUCCUCCAAUGCAACAAUGUUUUCAUACUUUAUAAAAAGAUGUUUGCGGUAUUUAUAUUGGAGAGUAAGUAACAUUGUACACGCAUAACCUCGAUUUAAUUAUCUUUGAAAAUCGAAGUUUAAACAUCUUAAGAUCAGAAGAAAUACAUUAAUAAAUCAAGAUGACAAGAUCAGAAAUACAGAAACUAAAUAAGAUCAGAAACACAUUAAGGAAUCGAGAUCAGAAAUACAGAAACUGAAUAAGAUCAGAAACACAUUAAGGAAUCAAGAUCAGAAAUACAGAAACUGAAUAAGAUCAGAAAUACAUUAAGGAAUCAAGUCAAGGCCAUGAAUGUUUAUAUAUCUAUAACUUUAGGAUGUGAAUGACUAUUUUCUUACCUUCUUUUAUCAAUUCUUUACUAGGGAGAAAAAGGAAAAGUUGGUUUGCCUGGACAAGGCGUUAAGGUGCUAAAUAUCUCGAACUCGUUAAUAAUGCACGAGAAUAUUAGCCAAUCACAUUGCUAUUCUCAUAUGAUGAUACUGAAUACCUAGUGAAUUAUAUUGAUCCGCUCCUAGGAGUAGAUCAAGAUUAAUUCAGUCCUAUGAAAUAUUACAUAAUAUCACGUUUUGUGUCAUUGUUUGAUUAUUAUUGAUGGUCAAUAUAAGUUUGCAAUAGACUAGCUCUAAGGCUCUCUUUCUUUGAGAGAAAUUUGGAAAAAGCCCAAUAUUGUAGUCGAUGUUAAGUUUUUUAUGUGUUAGUAGUUUUCAUAGAUUUAUUUGGUUGUGUCAAGUAUACUUAAUGUUAUUUAAUGUUUUUUGGCAUAUGUAGGGAGACAGUGGAGCCGUGGGCCCACCAGGUGCAGUUGGCGUACGUGGUCCACCGGUAAUUUGAGGUUUAUUGUUAGCAGAUAUUUGAAAUAAUAGUUACCACACGCGUACGAAAGGGAAUUUAAAUAAAUCACGCGUUGUCUCGUUAGAUGGCAACAGACUAUUUUAUGCAGUAUCUAUGCAGUCAUUAUAGAAAUACAGUCGAUACCAAAUUAGCAAAUACUUUAAUAACAUGCACUAAUUACGAAUAAACAAAAAACGGUGGUUCAAAUUUGGUAAUUAAUAAAUGUUCACGUUUAUUAAGAUUUCCGGCUCGAUAAAUCUAACAGUUGAAGGUUUUUGUAGAUGGAAAUUUCGAACGGAAGAUUUAUAAGUAAAAUUUUGGACCUAACGAGGAGCGAGGAGCCUACAGGUGUCACAGACCACACAACUAAUUGCAAGGUCUGUGACACAGGCUAGGAGCGAGCAGUUGUGAAACUGGAACUAUAGGCACUCUGACAGGAAUCGAACCUGCGGCCCUGCGAUUCCGCUCUAAACUGCAGAGUCCAGGUGUGGAGUAUUAACCACAUGUAUAUACAGGGUGUCCCAAAAAAACAAAACUAGUAUUGAAAUAACGUAUUGUGAGAAAAAGAUACGUAUUGAGAAAUUAAAGUAUCUCUGUAAAGUGCACGAUUUUCUGCUCUUGGGAAUUUAAAGCAGCUUCUUAAACAGUUUCUUUAUGCAUAAAAUUUACUUAUGUGGCAAGCUUUUAUGCACUUGUGGGUUCAGAGAGUGCUGAGGCAUUCAAAUUCUAACAUUACGUUAUUUCAAUAGUUUCGGGGUUUUUUGGGACACCCUGUAUACAAGAACUUGUGGUUAAUGCUCAUUGGUUAAAGCGUUGCAUGCCAGAAGGCCUAAAGUUGCAUUUUUCGCAGCUGCUCCUGGUUAGGUAUAAAAUUUUACUUAUAAAUCCUCCGCUCAAAAUUUCCAUCUCCACAAACCCCUAACACGUUUGUCUUUAUUACAAUCGAUUAGCAUAUCGCCAACCACUUUCAAACCGACGUACAUGCAUAGAUUAGGAAAUGAAUAGAUGGCUCACUCCUUUGAUGUUUUUAACGCUGCCGGCACCCACGCAUGUUCUUGCCAGAGUAAUGGCGGCCUAGCAAGUUACUGUAGUAAAAUGCAUUGUGAAAUUGACAUCGGUGCUACUAAAUCCUGUAUUUUUAUAAUUCUGAUUUAUUUUCCCAUUAAACCUCCCGAAAGCGGAAAAAUACAGGAUUUAGUAGCACGGAUGUCAAUUUCACAAUACAUUUUAUUAUAGUUCUUGCUAGUCUUGCUAUAUAGGCCGCCAUUACUCUGGCAAGAACAUGCGUGGGUGCCGGCGGCAUCAAAAAUAUCAAAGAGUGAGCCAUCUAUUCAUUUCCUAAUCUAUGGUACAUGCAUGUACAUACUUUGCUUUGUCAUCCUCCUUUGAAUGGUUGCCUAUUUAUCCAAUAAUCUUUUGCAUACAAUAGGGUCCAACAGUGGAUGGUCCCCAAGGCCUAGCGGUAAGAUAUUAAAAAAAAAUUAAAUUGUUUGAUCUGAUGUUAUAAUACAAUUGCAAUAGAAUAUUAUAAAUGAUGCUGUACCAAUAAAUAUUGGCGAAUAUCUAACAUCUUUGAUUCUUUGUUAUUAAGGGUAAUCGUGGUCCUAAGGUGAGUCAUGAAUUGUUGAUGUUUUACCAAAUAUUAUACUUGAUCUUGCACGAAUCACAUUGUUUCUCUAGAUUUUAGACAAUAUUAUAACAUUUUAUUUUUUUAAAUUUUAGGGUGUCAUAGGAUCUCAGGUUUGUAAGACAACCAUAUAUAUUUGUUGAUGGAUAACCUAAAUUUUACUUAUUACCCUUGUUACCCUGAUUUAUAGCUUGGAAUCUAUUUUUACAUCUUGACUUAGUAAGUGCUUAAAAAGUGUGGUAAUAGGUUAAUUUUUUCUGUUUAAGGGUCCACCUGGUCCUCCAGGCCGUGCUGGAAUACAAGCUGUUUCGGUAAGUUUGACGCCAAGCUAUGUGUGCCCUAGCCCUUGGCUGAUCAUCGAGCACAGUUAAGGUAGUCAUGUAGCACAAUUAAGGUGGGAAAGUAGUUUUGGAUGAGAAAGGAAAACCAACAGAACCAACCAAACUGCUACUUACAUGAGAUUUCACAUCACAUCAGUGAGAGUAGGGUAGUCACCAAUCUAAGUAAUAACACCCACCCAUGCACUCCCACGGUGAGGUACCUUACAGACAGUAAGCCUUUAAACUGUACUCGAUGUUAGCACCCAUAUAUUUACCUUUACGCUUUACUCUUGUGCCUGCAUAGAUUUCGACAACUGGACUCUGUAGCUCAGUUUGUUAGAGCGCUGCACCGGAAUCGCAGGACCGCAGGUUCAAUUCCUGACAUAGGGCUAUACGGCCUAGCUAUAUAGUUGUAUUUUACACAAUUGCUCCUGGUUAGUGUAAUAAAUGUAUAAAAAUCACACUCGAAAUUCCCAUCCACAAAUCCAGGUUUUCAGUACUGGAUUUCAAUUAUCUGUCCUCCAUCUAGUUAUGCAAUUGUACUAUAUGUGUAUUUUAGUUGACAGAUAGAAUAUCUUUUGAAUUUUCAGUUCAAUGGUACAACUAUAAUUAUCCGUCACAAUGCAACAUAUUCUGAGUACAUCCCUAUUGACACGGUGAGAACUUUCUUGUUUGUUUUGCCAGUUUUGCAGUAGAGUUGAUCAUGAUCUUUUUGCUUUUACCAUCAACAGAAUUCGAACAUUUCAAGGCGUUAUUUCAGCAUUCAACGCAAUCUGGCUUUUCUCAAGAAACCAAACGGUUCGCAACUUUUCCCAGCCAUCUCAUGUGCUGUGUUAUACUCACAUUAUCCUGACAAUGGAAACGGUAAAGUUUCUCUUAAAUGUAACCGUUACUUUGUUCUAUAAUUAUUUUGCCCCAAUGGUAUCGUUUUCGUGUGGGUAUUCCUCAUGUUUCGUGCACAAUAGGAUUAAACAUAAGUUUGUGAUUGGGUGCAAGAUCAAAGACGAACAUAUUCGUGCACGAAACAUGGGGAUAAAAUCUUUAUGUGCGCCUGGCAUGAUAAAACAAACAAACAAACAUGAAAACAAAGAAAUUGGAGAAAAACUGCAAUAAACAGUAAAGUCCAUUGUCGGAAUAUUCCGUUGUCUUUCUCCAUGCCAUCCAGUCAUUCAUUGUUUCUAUAUAUUUGGACAUAAUACAAAGCAAGCAUAUGUCAAAAGAAAUUCCAUAUAAUUUGAGAACUUGUUAUUAUCAAAAUAUGUGCACACCUAGAUAAUUUUGAAAUUAUUUUCCAGGUUGGUAUUGGAUUGAUCCAAAUCAAGGUUCGCAUGAGGAUGCUGAAGAAGUAUACUGUGAUUUCGAACAUAAUGCAACAUGUUUAGAACCUGUUCAAAAUAAGGUGUGUAUAAAGACAAGUUUAUGCAGCGGUGAUAAAAUAUUUGAACCACAUUUUGUCUUAUUCACGGAUGCGACUUAAGGCUAAUUUCCACUCAGGAUAAUUAUCCGUGGAUUGGAACGGACAAGAAAAUGUUUCUUUGUCUUGUGAGCUCUGGGUCGGAACUAAUGACUUUAACACAAAGAAAAAUUUUCUUGUCCGUUCCAAUCCACAGAUAAUUUCCCUGAGUGGAAAUUAGCCUUUACUGCUUUAGCAUCAUCAAUUUUCCAUCUCUCUAUAUCUAUACAGAGCCACGGCAAAAUUGGACCCCCAGAAUUGAAACUUGUUGUACAGUUUGGUCACCAGUUAUAACUUUUUGAAUAUUUAGCUUUUUGUAUCCAGUUGACUUGAAAAUGUUCCCCUGCCGCUAAUUCCAGUCAAAUAAACGCGAAAAACGAAAUUUUCAGAGCUUUACUAUAUUUUCCCCAAAUACCAAUAUAAAAACAAGUCGGAUCGUCGAAUAGGAAACAUUCUUACGUAUACAUUGUUUCUUUGAUAUGUUUUCCAACUUGAUAAAGCCUUAAAGGAAACAUACCCAAUUCAAUUAAUACUUCUGUUUAGUUUGGUUCAUUACAACGGUUCAGCGGUCCAUUAUUUUCGCGUAAUGGACCAGCAGUCCAAAAAACAAACGCAUGCAUCUUAAAGUGCAUAUGACAUGAAAUUUUUUAUUUUCUUAAAUGAAAGAACUCUUUAAGUUGUAGUGUAACUUAUUUUUCAGUUUCUUGUUUUUAUGGUUUAUUCCCGAGAUAUUUCAAUUUGUCUGAUAUGUAAAUGAGUGUGAAUAUGUCCGCUAAUUUAUGACGUCACAUUGAUUGCAAGCUCAACUUAAACUGGUUAUAAAUGUAUUAACUCUAAAAACUUUUGAUAUCAGUUCCCGUUUUUCUCCAGUGUUUCAUCACAUUUACCAGUAAGUGAAGUUUGAAAUUAUCAUCUUGGAUAAUAGCAGUGAUAUUCAAGCAUUUUAAAGAGCUUGCAACCAACAUGACGUCAUAAAUUAGCGGACAUAUCCACACUCAUUUACAUAUCAAGCAAAUUGAAAUAUCUCGGGAACAAACCAUAAAAACAAGAAACUGAAAAAUAAGUUACACUACAACUUAAAGAGUUCUUUCAUUUAAGAACAUAAGAAAUUUCAUGUCAUAUGCACUUUAAAACAAAACAGCAAAACUAAUUGAAAAUUAUAAUUUAAUUUGUUAUUAAUUAAUAAGAUAUCUGCGCAUGGUUUUUAGUGGAAAAGAAGGAAUGCAUUGGACCACGCUACUAAUAUGCAUGUCAAAUCAUGCAUUUCUUAUUUGUUUCAAGUAUAAAUGCCUAUAUAAAUGCCAUAUAAUAAACUUUUUACUGACCUCGCUUGCUCAGUAUGUACAGAGAAAUAUCGGAUAGGUCUUUUUGUACAAACCUCGCCUUAUGGGUUCGGUCUGUACAAAAUACCUCGAUCCGAUAUUUCUCUGUACAGACCUCGUGUUCGGUUAAUAAGAAGUUAUUUCAAAUGUGCCAGUAUACGUAGGGGAUGAGAUCUGUCCCAAAUCCUUUUAUCAGUUUUAUAAAUAAUCGAUCCACCUUUUUUCCUUACGGUACCAGACAGAAAACAAGAAAUGGUUUAGUGGGUCAGAUGGAUACAGAUGGCUUACAGAAGAACUGGAUGGUUUACAAAGUGUUGACCAGGUAGCGGACUAAACAUGCAUAAACAGUCAAUUUUAUGUUCCAUCGCCAAUUUUCAAAAAGGCCCUGGGAACGAGGUUGUGUUGAUAGAACCUCAACAACGUAACAAACCUUUCUUAUAACCACCCUUCUUCUCUACCUUUACUUCUGUCGCAAAAUAAUCCUAGCUUCAUAAGGAAGCCAUGACUUGAAUAUAGUUUCCAAGUGUUCAUUCAUUUUUCUGUUUCUCAAGGUUCACAAUUAGAAUUGUGUUCAAAUAUUGUUUAAUUUAUAGUGUUGCAGAAGAGGGUUUAUCAAAAAUAUUGUAAUUUUGAAGUCCACUUUGUCGCUGCUGAAUACAUGGCGGACACCACUCUAAGAUGGACACGUAUAACCCUAGCCAAAUCCACCCUUUCAACGUUGUGUUUGGUACUACUCUAUUUGCACCCUGCCCCACCCCGUUCCCACCUUUUCAAAAUAUAAAAAGCUGCUCCCUUUCUGGAAUAAAAGUGCCCUCUUUUUCUGGAUUGAAAGUGUAAUACUGGGCAAAACCCAUGCACUUAUGUAAAUUUAUUUCCUCAGAAUGGUGUUUCAGAGACUUAGAAAUCCAAGCAUUCCCCGGGGAAACUUGUCCCCGAAUCUACUAAUUUGCGCACACCCAUAAGCAUUUGGCUAUAAUUGUAGUUUGAGUUGUUCUUUCCGAUUGUCUUUUCCAGUUCAACUACACGUUUGACGAUGGCCAGCUUCAAAUGCUACAGCUUCAUAGUUCCAAAGCAUGGCAAAGUAUUACAUAUCAUUGUUUGAAUUCUGUUCCAUGGGGUAACUUCACUCAGAAUGCUAUCAAGUUGCAAGGAGAUGAUGACCUUGAAUUCCAUAAUAAAAUGCCUCGCAAACUACGACCUGUUGUCAUUGAAGAUAAUUGUCAGGUAGGCCGAUGUUGUUAUAUAGCUUUGUUUAUUAAGCUAUAAUCAUGGCAAAAAUUCCGUGUGCACUUAGGUGUAAACUAAAGUAUUAGCCAAGAACAAAUCGAAGGUAGGCCAAUGGGGUUGGAACUAAACAGUAAAGUCUAUACAAGGGGUCAGAUGUCAAUUGGAACGCAAGUCCUGUUCCUUUCCCCAGUCACACCUAUGUCGUUUUUGCAUGCAUGUAAGUUGUCUGUUUGUGUGAUUAUAGUACUCCACAUUACUGGUCACAUACACAUGUUGGCGCCUUUGUCUUCCCCGCUCCCCCCUAAAUGUUGGUUUUGACAUGCAUUUCACAAAGCUUUAACCUAACCAAUUUAUAAGCUGUCAACAUUGAACCGGGGGGGAGUUAAAAAUUGCUGCUUUUGCACGUAUGUAUUGGGAAAGGCAGGUAUUUCUAUUUCCGCACGCGCUGUCCACAAUACUUUUUGCCAGGAUUGUAGUUGUUUGUGCGGCUAGUAAGUUGGUAAGUACCACAAGCGGACAACGGGAAUGAAGAGACGGGGAAAACCCCUCUAUCAAAAAACACUUAUGCAUACGAACUAUCCAUGGGUUGCAGUGGUGGCGCAUGGCCAUACUUCUUCUCUAAAAGGUGUGAACUCUCCCUGUCAAAUGAGUCCGGAUCCGCAUAAUCCUGGCUACCCCCUGAGCGCUUAGGAAACGUUCUACUAAUGGCGUUAGGUGGAAAAGUUACUGUUAUCACAGCAGGAAUUUUGAAUAGUUUAAUUCUACGUUUUGAAGGAUUUGUAAGAAAUGUUUGAGGGAACUGACUUAGUGUUUAAACUGCAUACACAGUAGCAAUUUUGCAUAGGUAAACGUAGUCUGUGCAUUUACCUAUGCAAAAUUGCUACUGUGAUCACAGAAACGUUGAUAGUAUAAACCAGCCUUUAGCCAACACUCAUCUAUAUUACCCAAUAUUUUCAUGAACGUGUAUAGCUGACAAGUUGGUCUACAUCUACAUGUAUAGUUAUUGUUAAUUUGCUGCCUUGGCGAUUUAACCGAUGAAACAACUUGUAGAGCAACGAGUAUAUUGUGUAUAUAGGUGGGUUUCACUAAAAAAUUAUACAACAGGGAAACGUUUGGUGGUCAACUUUACACAUAUAGCCGCUUUAUGCCUUGUGGAAGCAAGUAAAUCUCGUUAAAUUACAUAUAUUUGAACCAAACACAAGAUCAAUACUUAUAACGAAUAUUUAACUCGAUUCGAUAAAUGUGUUUCCAUUUGGAGUUGACCACCAAGCGGUAAACCUAUCACGUGACUGAAACCCAGCUAUUGUCAAAACCAUUACACAACUUGUUUCGUGUCCAAAAUGUCGGUAUGCACAUACAAAUACGCUAAUUUGAUAAAAUAGUGAUAAGUAUGUUUUAUUUUAGACAAAAAAUGAUACGUGGGGAAAAACAAUACUUGAAGUUCAAGCGAAAGAUCCUGCUAACCUGCCAAUUCGAGAUAUCGCAGUUUAUGACGUUGGUGAUGAUGGCGAGGAAUUCGGAUUAGAACUGGGACGAGUUUGUUUCGCGGCAUAACUGGAAAUGCCUUAGAAAACAUGAGAAUUUAGAUAAAACACCUUUUUCGUUGACUGAGUUAAGUCAUGGAUAUGUGUAUAAUGAAGAGUAAUAUAAGAAUAAAGUUUCGACUUUAUUAAGCAGAAUUGUUGUGUAACUGUAUUAUUUAGCUGUUAAUUAACAAAAGUUCAUUAAAUUGUCAAAGAAAUAAUAGAAAUAUUUGAAUUUAAAAAGGCGAGAACAUUCUGUUCGAUGUAUGUAAAAAGUAAGAUGUCGUGAAAACGAAUAAAUUAUAAAACGUC